AUGCCCAGUUUCCGAAAGGCUAAACUGUUUAGCUUGUACGAAGUGUUCGCGCGCCGCGACGACCAGUCGCUCGGUUCGCCAGUCUGCGGCAACGCCGCAUCGCUCUCGCUCGGCGUAGCGCAGUAUCGCGGCGGCAUCGCGACGGGCGGCCGCGCGAGAGCUAUGAGCAGCAGGGAGUUCCGCGAGCGGCUAAUCGACGAGGUGAAGAAGCACCCGGUGCUGUACGACACUCGGCACGAGAACCACCGCGACAUCGACGUGCGCGACCGCUGCUGGACCGAGAUCUCCGAGCGUCUCGGCGCCAACGCGGACGUUCUGAAGCGAGAGUGGAAGAUCCUGCGCGACUCCCUCCGGCAGGCCCUCAAGAAGAUCAGGAAAGGGGCCACCACGAAGGCCGGCGUGCCCUGCAAGAAGUGGCGCUUCCAGACUCGCAUGGCGUUCGUCCUGCCCUACAUGACGGUGCGACGAAAUCAAAGGGUACCGAAAUCAGACAUCAAAAUCGACAUAACGGACGUCCAGUCGGAGGCCGAGCAGGAGACAGAGACCUGGGAGCCACCCAGCGGUGGUUCAGAACAAGACUCCUUGGAUCUGUUCUUCGCCAGCGUUUGCCAAAGCACCAAAAGGCUGCCCAAACGGUUCCAGAACCAAAUCAAGAAGCAGGUUCUCGAAGUGCUGCUAAGGGUCGAGGAAGAAUGCGAAAAUGAAACAGGGGAACCUAAAACGGGGCUGUACAAAACU